CGGCGUCUCGGACAAACUAGGAGACGGUGGAGUCUGUGUGAACCUUAUCUGCUCUCAUUCAGUACCAAUCUUGACCCGGGCUCAUUAUCAUUGACGGGUCGCUAUUUCCCGAUGGCAUGUCGUCGUGAUAGGCUUUAGUCAUCUCAACGCUCGGGUUGUACGGUGCGGAUAUCGGCUCCGGCACACGGCCUGUGAUGGUCUCACAUGAAGCCGGAGAGAGACCUCGAGGAGCGGCUGUGAUUUCUGCGCUCCUUCGUUAAUGAAUGUCUGCGUGUGUGCUCGUGAGAUAAUCAGCUUCAGUGUGUCUGGAUGUAAACACCCUCCAGGUGAGCAGCAGAAGAUGACAUCAGCCGAACAACUAGAUAUGGAGGUGAUGACUCCUCUUAUGGAGGAGGAGGAUGUGGAUGAAGAUGAAGAUUCCGAGCAACAGCCGCAAGGCAUAACGUUUACUCAGACUCUGCUGCAUCUCUUAAAGGGGAAUGUCGGCACAGGGUUGCUCGGGCUUCCUCUAGCUGUGAAAAAUGCUGGGAUAGUGCUCGGUCCAGUUAGUCUGAUACUGAUGGGCGUGGUGUGUGUUCAUUGCAUGCACAUCCUGGUUAACUGCAGCCAUCAGCUCAGUGAACGGUUUAAACGGGCCCCCCUCGGUUAUAGUGACACAGUCGCUGUUGCCAUGGAGAUGAGUUCCUCCCAGUGCCUGAGGAGAGGUGCUCAUUUUGGGAGACACUUAGUGAAUUUCUUCCUGGUUUUGACCCAGCUGGGCUUCUGUAGUGUGUACUUUGUAUUCCUGGCAGAGAAUAUUAAGCAGAUGAUGGAAGGUACUCGCUUGAACACUUCCGUGGAGACUGUGGUGUUAUAUUCCAAUAGCUCAGUAGAGGGCACCGUCUCCCCAAACCCAGCCUCUGUCGCCGUGGCUACAGGGCUGGACCUGCGGCUCUACAUGGUCUUCCUCCUUCCCUUCAUCAUCGUCCUGACCUUCAUCAGAGAUCUGCGGAACAUGGCUGCUCUGUCUGGCAUAGCCAACCUCUGUAUGGCCGUCAGCCUCGUACUGAUCUUUACAUACAUACUCGGCGAUAUCAGUGAUCCUAGAAACCUGCCAUACGCCUCCACAUGGCGGAAGUUUCCGUUCUUCUUUGGAACAGCCAUCUUUGCCUUUGAGGGGAUUGGAGUGGUUCUUCCCUUAGAGAAUCAAAUGAGAGACCCGAAACGCUUUCCCCAAGCUCUCAAUUUUGGCAUGGGUGGCGUCAUCAUCCUGUACUUUACUCUGGCGACACUUGGCUACCUCCGUUUCAGAGAUGACAUUAAAGGAAGCAUCACACUUAACCUUCCACAUGACUCCUGGUCUAAUAUGCUGGUGAAGGUGUUGUACUCGUUUGGUGUGUUUGUGAGUUUUGCAGUGCAGUUCUUCGUGCCGGCAGAGAUUCUGGUUCCGCCCGUGUGUGAGCGUGUGAGAAAGAACUGGAAACGAGUGACUGAUCUCAGCCUUCGAGCGCUGCUCGUCUGCCUCACCUGUGCAACGGCUGUCAUGAUACCACGGUUAGACCUGGUGAUCUCUUUGGUCGGUGCAGUGAGCAGUUCGGCACUAGCGCUCAUCUUCCCGCCGCUGGUGGAGCUCAUUGCGCUCCCCAGCCAGCCCCCUCCUCCUCUACUCCUCUUUAAAGAUCUCUCCAUCGCCAUCCUGGGCUUUAUCGGCUUCUUGACAGGAACCUACGUGACGGUGGAGGAGAUUAUUUAUCCUGACGACCAAGGACAGACCCAUCUCCAUGACUAUGGAAACUGGACCACAUCCACUACCUCACCACCCUAAAGACCAAGUGCAUAUACUAAGGACCAAUCAAAUGUGAGGCACAGUUGCAUAGUAAUGGAAUGCUUGUUUUCUAUCUAUUAUAAGAGGAACAGUUCACCCAAAAAUAACAUUUUCAUUAUUUACUCACCUUUAUGUUGUUCCAAACCCAUAUGCUGUUAUGGUAACACUUUCUAUGUAGCUUAUAUUUAUAAUGCAUUAGUAAUGUCUCAUAAUACACCUUAUAAUAUGUUAUAACUCAUAAAUAAUUGUAACCACAAUUAUAAUACAUUAUAAUACUUUUCUAGUAUUCAUAGUUAUACCGUAGAGUAUAAUGCAUUAUAACACAAGCAACAUCCAAUUUUAUCUGCAGAAGUUAUAAUGUGUGUGUGUGUGUGUGUGUGUGUGGGUGGGUGG